AGUUUCUGCUAUGAAAAACUUUCUAUAUUCGAUUUUCUUGCUUUCUCUCUUGGUGGCUUUCCUUGGAACACCAACGGAUGCGCAUACUUUUGACUGCUUCGAUUGCACAAUUCCUCCGGUUGAGGAUGAAAAAGCUGUUGAUCAAUACCACCAAAAGUAUGAUAGACGUGGGAAAAACUCGCUGCACAUUGAUAUUAACGUCGAAAAUUAUUUGAAGCAUCAUUACAAUUAAAUAAUGAACGUUU